GGGAAGAGACGAGGUCUAUUUGAACGGUGUAAAGCGGGCUAGCAAACAUUCGAGAGGGAAACAAAGAAGGGUGAACAUCUUACAACUUCUGGACUCCCAAAACUGGAAUAACUGUCUUUUUUUCUGGUCAGGAUACUUUGGCAAUCAUACAAGGUAUCCAUCAUGUCUCACAAACAGAUCUACUACUCUGAUAAAUAUGACGAUGACAAAUACGAGUACAGACAUGUGAUGCUUCCCAAAGACAUUGCAAAGCGUGUACCCAAGACCCAUUUGAUGUCGGAGACCGAGUGGAGAAAUCUUGGGGUGCAGCAGAGCCAAGGAUGGGUGCAUUAUAUGAUCCACCAGCCAGAGCCACACAUCUUGCUUUUCCGACGUCCUCUGCCCAGCAAAAAGUCAUAAGGGAAAUAAUCUCUGGGUCCUCGGAAGAUCAGUCCUACCUGCCACAGAUCAACUUGUCAAAAAAGGAAUCAUGCUGUCAGAAUAAGAAGCUCUGGUGUGGUAGGUGACUUCUAAUUUGGGCUGAUCAUGUUGGACCUCGAGACGGACUAUCACAUUUAUGAACAGUGGUUGCGGAAUGGAGUAUCCGCUGAAGGAAAAAAAAAAAUACACCACCCCUCACUUGGGGAAAAGACUUCUUCAUGUGUUAACAGCAACACGGCGUCUGCCAGAAAAACUCUCACAUCAGCUAACACUGUCUUCUUGACUGAUCUGUCCAACUUGCUGAACCUGCUUGGAUAUUCCAGCUUUUUAGAACAUAUGUUAUAAGAUGUGGGGAGAGAAACUUGUUCAAACAUCAUUCCGACAGAGUGUAUUCAGGGUCAAGCUCAGGUCAAAACACCAGCCAGACAGAAUAGCUGGAUCCUAAAUCCAGUUUGACUCUGAAACAUCAAAGUGCGCUUUUAAGUGACAUGUUGCUGCUUGGUUUAAAUGACACUGUAAAAAUGGCAUUUAACACUUUUUGUCAUGUUUAUGAAAAGCCACACCUGAGUCACAUAAGAAAGAAAAAAGUUUGAAUUCCCUUUUCCAUAAGAGCAUAUUAUUAGUUCAGCCUUCUUUUUAAAGCAAAUCUCUUUGAUGGCUCUGAUUGUACCAGUGAGCUGCUCAGUAUUUAUGAAUGUGUUGCCCUUUCUGAAAUAAAUGUCAACUUUUAAAUCAUAUAAUUGUGGACUUUGGCAGUAUUUGGGGUUAACAACUACUGUAUUACACGAAGCCACUUGACACAUGAUGAUGCACACGAUAAUACAACGAAAUGACUGUUGAUGGCAGACACGACCCUAAAAAUGCUCUUUUAGAAAACAUCUGGAUCAUUAAAUUAAAUGUUGGAAGGCCAUUUGCAUUUAUUUCUGACUGGUUUUGAAUACUACUGCAUCAAGGCACUUGUUUUCUUUGUCCUACUUGUUCUGAAUACUUGCACCCACUCUGACAUGUUUGUUUACCUUCUGUCCUUUUUUUUUUUUUUUUUUUUUUUUACAACCACAUACUGAGCUGCUCUGCUGUCACUUAAACUAAAACUUUGCCUUGAAUAAUUGACUUUGAAUAUGUGCCUUUUUUUGUAAGGUUUAUUUUUGUAAGGUUCUUUGACAGAAUUAGUUUUUGUGUCUUCCAUGUGUAGGAGUAGAGCUGUUCUACCUUUCAGAAUUAUUAAAAAGAAUAAAUGCAAUCAAAUGGAA